AUGUUGACUAGACAAUACACUUUUUUCAGAGCAUACGAAGAUAUUCGAAAAACGGAAUUGAAAGCUGAAGAUAAAUUCGAAAAAUAUAAAACUAAGACCGGAGUCGUUUUCAAGAUUUACACGAUUGGUAAUAUGUUAUAUUAUGAAGUAUGUUUAUUUUUUUCUCGCAACACAUAUUCACUACCUGUUAUUCAACAUUUUUCACAAUUGGAUUUAACCCACUAUCAAACUUUUCGCCAAUUUCUUAACUUUAAUAUUACAGUUAGCUUCACAUACCAACAAUCAAAAAGUCACCCCAAUCAGCGCUGCAGUUUAG